AAAUAACUCAUGACUCAACAGCCAAACACCAUAGACUAUAAUGCUCCAUGAGCUUCACACUUCUGCUGGCCAACAUUGAAAAACCGAAGCAUUGAUCCUCAAUACGCCCACCGCCCGUCUCACUCACCGAUCUCUUUCUCUUUCUGCCAUCUUUCUUCUUCAGUAUCAUCGUUUUCACACGGGUAUCCCCGGAAUCUGGCCGGAAUAUUCUGUUUUUUCUUGGACAGUUGCCGGAAAACUGACGCUGUCCUACAACCUGGCGUGCUUGUCUGUACUUUCAGUGUCUUCUACUAUUUUUGUUGAUUUUCUUGAAGAAUCUUUCUUUCUAUUAAGGGUCCCCUAUUUUGUCACUUUCUUCCUACAUCACCUGUUGAAUAUAUACUGUAUUUGAUCUCAACUUUGCCUGAGAAGUGACUUUUCUUUUAAUGUAAAGAAUCGGGGUAACGUUUUCUGCCAGGAGGGAAGUGUUUAUGUGGUGUUUUUGCAGCUGGGUAGAGAAAAGAAAUAGUGUUGAAUGUACUAGGGUUUGGAGGCUCAAUGUCGGAGAAGAAGGAAACGGGCGGAGCUGAAGUUGUCGUGACGAUUUCAGCUGAGAGUAAAGAGGCUAAUGCCAACACAAAAGGGUCUUCGCCUAUGGAUUCGGAGACUUCAGCUCCAAGACGGAGCGGUCAGGGGGUGACGGAGGCGAAAACACAGCCUCACUGCCCUUCGCCGGAGAUUGCUGGAUUCACCGGGAGCCCGCACAAGCCUCCGAAAAUCCCCACUUCGGAAGCCCUAGCUCGCCGGCGAUCAGUGGCAAAAUCGGUGUACUCGAGGUCUAAAUCGAGAUUUGGAGACCCCCCAGUUGAUAUCAACUAUUUUGAGAAUAACAAUGGGAUACUGCAAGAACAGAUUGGUGGGUCUUCGUCUUACAGGUCUUAUAGGGCGUCACCCGGUAGCAAACCCGGUAGUAGAGCAGUUUCCAUCAAUCAGAGAACUCCGUUGAUGGCGUCUCCAGGUGGGGUUGAGGAUGAUGAUGAGGAGAUAUACAAGAGAGUGAAUAGUACUGAAUGGAAUAAGGAGAAGCAUAGGAGAGUGAAGGUUAAGGUUUUGGUUGAGUGGAUUGCAUCUUUGGUGAUUUUGGGGUUCUUGGUGGCUAGUUUAACCAUUGACAAGUUGGAGAAAACUAUGAUUUGGGGCUUGGAGCUCUGGAAAUGGUGUGUGCUUGUAAUGGUGAUCUUCUCAGGUAUGUUGGUUACCAAAUGGAUUAUGAACUUUAUUGUUUUCCUGAUUGAAAGGAACUUUUUGCUGAAGAAGAAAGUUCUGUAUUUUGUUCAUGGUUUGAAGAAGAGUGUUCAGGUCUUUAUUUGGUUGGCCUUGAUUCUUGUUACAUGGGUUUUGUUGUUCGAUCGAGGGGUUAAACGAUCAUACACUACCACCAAGAUUCUGAAUUCUGUGACAUGGACUCUAGUUACUCUGCUCAUUGGGAGUUUCUUUUGGCUGCUGAAGAAUCUAUUGCUAAAGAUAUUGGCGUCUGCUUUCCAUGUCACUACAUUUUUCGAUAGGAUUCAGGUCUCGGUUUUCCACCAGUAUGUUCUUCAAACCCUUUCAGGGCCUCCACUUAUGGAGUUAGCCCAGAUGGUUGGGAAAGAACCCAGUGCUGGUCGAUUGAGUUUUAGGAGUAUAAAGAAAGGUAAAAAAUCCAAAGAAAAAAAGUUGAUUGAUAUGGGAGAGAUUCAUAGGAUGAAGCGAGAAAAGGUCUCUGCUUCGGUCAUGAAGGAAUUGGUUGAUGUGAUAUUGAGUUCUGGGCUUCCCACAAUAUCGGAUACCCUUGAAAGCAUUGCUAAAGAAGGUGAACAGGCGGAUAAGGAGAUUACUAAUGAGAUGGAAGCGAUCGCAGCUUCAUAUCACAUAUUCAGGAAUGUUUGUCAGCCUGGUUUCUCGUACAUUGAGGAGGAGGACCUUUUGAGAUUCAUGAUUAAAGAGGAGGUGGAUCAUGUGUUGCCACUGUUUGAAGGAAUGGAGAAUGGACGAAUCGAAAGAAAAGUACUCACCAACUGGGUGGUGAAGGCUUACAACGACAGGAAAGCACUAGCACAUGCUCUAAAUGACACCAAAACAGCUGUAAAGCAAUUGAACAAGGUUGUGUCAGGGGUUGUAAUUGUUGUCGUCCUCAUUGUGUGGCUUCUUUUGAUGGAAAUUGCAACUACAAAAGUUCUUGUCCUCCUCUCGUCCCAGCUUGUAGUGGCUGCUUUUAUGUUUGGAAACACCUGCAAGACAAUUUUUGAAGCUAUCAUAUUUGUCUUUGUGAUGCAUCCAUUUGAUGUUGGUGACCGUUGUCUCGUUGAUGGUGUCCAGUUGAUAGUUGAUGAGAUGAACAUCUUAACAACAGUCUUCUUGAAAAUUGAUCGCGAAAAGGUGUACUAUCCAAAUUCUGUUUUGGCUACCAAGCCCAUCAGCAACUUCUACAGAAGCUCGCCUAUGGGUGAUAAUGUGGAGUUCUCUAUUGCAUUUGCAACCACAGCAGAAAAGAUCGGGGCUCUAAAAGAAAGAAUAGCAAAGUACCUGGAGAGAAAUCCCCAAUACUGGUUUCCUGCCCACACUCUGGUAGUAAAGGAGAUUGAGAAUGUCAACAAGAUCAAGAUGACUCUAUUUGUCAAUCACACCAUCAACUUCCAAGACUAUCCAGAGAAGACUAAUCGGAGAACCGAACUGGUGUUAGAGCUGAAGAAAAUAUUUGAAGACCUAGAUAUCACAUACUACCUCCUGCCCCAAGAAAUUCAGAUCUCUAAUACCACCACGCCAGCCACAAUACACGGGCAUGCCACCAAACAUCUGUGACCCACUAGAUGAUUGUUGCUCAUGGCUCAAUAGACUCCAUUUUCCUCUUUUUUUUGGUUGCUGUUGAUUAGCUACUAGUGUGUACUUCUUCCAAUGUUCUCCCUCGAGACGAACUUGUAUCAGACUUUCAAGUCCCUGACUAGUGUUUCCUCUCAUUAAAUUCUAAUUUUUGUGCCUCAAAA